AUGGCAAAACUCAGGCAUUCUCGGGUAGGACUUUCUAAACCAUUGCUAUCAACUUCAGGGAGAUUGAUCAUCCUCGCCUUGUUUGUGACCUUCACAAUCCUCGUUCUCAUUCUCUUAGCAUUCAACUACCUCAACUCCACCUCUCGCAAUGUACUCAGCAGCAAAGAUGGUGCUGGAGGGCGUUGGGUUGAAACCAUAUCAUGGGAGCCUAGAGCCUUUUUAUAUCAUCAUUUUCUGACAGAUGAGGAAUGUGAACAUCUAAUCAAUAUAGCAAAGCCAAGUAUGCAUAAGUCAGUUGUUGUUGAUUCUAAAACCGGAAAGAGUGUGCUCAGCAGUAUACGGACGAGCUCUGGAAGUUUCCUCAAGAGAGGAGCUGAUAAAAUCGUAACGAAUAUUGAGAAAAGAAUAGCAGAUUUUACUUUUAUACCUGUAGACCACGGGGAAGGCCUUCAAGUACUCCAUUACGAAGUUGGACAAAAGUAUGUACCUCAUCUGGAUUACUUUAGAGAUGAGUAUAAUACUCGGAAUGGGGGUAACCGUAUAGCAACAAUGCUGAUGUACCUUUCAGAUGUUGAAGAAGGAGGUGAGACGGUGUUUCCAUAUGCUAAGGGAAACUUUAGCUCUGUGCGUUGGUGGAAUGAGCUUUCUGAUUGUGGAAAAAAAGGAAUUUCGAUUAAGCCAAAGAUGGGUGAUGCUAUAUUUUUCUGGAGUAUGAAACCUAAUGCAACUUUAGAUAAAUCAAGUUUGCACGGUGCAUGUCCUGUAAUCAAGGGUGAUAAGUGGUCAUGUGUCAAAUGGAUGCGGGCUGAUCAAUACAAAACCUAA